AUUGAGUUAUCUUGAGCUUCAUUUGUAUAUAGACCUAAAAAUUGCUGAUCAUGCAAAUCAUAGUUGAAUCGCCGCUCGUUCGACCCGGAACCCAAUGGAAGCAAGCACAGUGAGCAUUAAAGAAUAGGAAUCAACUGCCUUAGUUAGACCUUUCUCUUUUGGCAUACAGUUGAAUUAAACAUGGUCAACAUUCCCAAGACCCGUAACACCUACUGCAAGGGCUCCAAGUGUAGAAAGCACACUCCUCACAAGGUCACCCAAUACAAGGCUGGUAAGGCUUCUCUCUUCGCCCAAGGUAAGAGACGUUAUGACCGUAAGCAAUCCGGUUAUGGUGGUCAAACCAAGCCCGUUUUCCACAAGAAGGCUAAGACUACCAAGAAGAUUGUCCUCCGUCUCGAAUGUACCUCUUGCAAGUACAAGAUGCAACUUGCUAUCAAGAGAUGUAAGCACUUUGAAUUGGGUGGUGACAAAAAGACCAAAGGUGCUGCUCUUGUUUUCUAAGCUCUUUAUAUCACUAUCUUUAAUAAAUUGCUUGUAAAGACGACCAUGUCAAAUAUACACACACACACACACACACACACACACGCAGACAUACACCAUACGCAAAAAGAAUUGGACAAAAGGAAGGUUUAA